AGCAACCAGCCUGUCUGUUGCAGCCUGUUGUUGUUUUAAUAAAUGUUCAGAUGUUAAACCCACGCCAAGUUUGUCUCGUGAUGAAGAACAAACAUAACAUGGUGUCAGAAGUUGGUGAGGUCUGAACAAGGAAAGUAAAUGAAUAUUGUGUGCAAUUGGGAAAGAGACUCAGUGAGUAUGAAAGAAAAGCUGUAAAAAGAUGGAGAAAAAGCCGGCCAGUGUGGCGAAGGAGCACAUUGUUCCUGAAGUUCAGCAGUCACCGGAUUUGCCAAGAGAGAUUCAGAUACCCAGGAGGUGCAAUUUCUUGGAAAUCAUGGAGACUAUGAUGAUGGAGGCAAAAAACUGUCACUUAUUUCACACUCAUGGUCAACAUCUCAGGGACGAUGUCAGAAGAACCACCUCCUCCAUAUCCUGGGGGGCCUUCUGCUCCAUUGCUUGAAGAGAAAGCAGGACAGCCACCACCAACAGGGUAUAUGUCACCUGCUACUACUACUGCUAUCACCAAUCAACCUCAAGGGUAUUCUGUCCCACCAGAUGGUGGACCACCUCCUUAUGAGCCAGUGCCACAACCAGGAUUUGUACCCCUUCAUACACCUGCAGAAGGUGGUGUGCCAAUGCAACCACAUGGUUACUAUCCAGCUGCUGGGCAGUACCCACCUCCAGGUCACUUUAUACCCCCUGGCCAUUACCCACCCCCUCCUGGGCACUAUCCCCCUCAUAGUGGACAAACGGCAACUGUUAUAGUUCCUCCAGGUGCAGCAACAACGGUGACUGUACUGCAGGGGGAGAUGUUUCAAGCUGCACCAGUGCAGACUGUGUGCCCUCAUUGUCAGCAGGCUAUCACAACCAAGAUCACCUAUGAGCUAGGCUUACUGAAUACUUUAUUCUGUCUCUUCUGCUGUUUUAUGGGGUGUGAUCUGGGCUGCUGCUUAAUCCCAUGCUUGAUAGAUGACCUGAAGGAUGUGAUGCAUACUUGUCCAAACUGUAAAGCUUAUAUAUAUACAUAUAAGCGUGUGUGUUAACACCAACCCUGGCUCUGUCCAAACCUUAAAAGGAUAAACUUAAUGUUAACUUUUUUGUUUCUAUUUACACGUGAUGCAGCAUUGUCCUGUGCUGUCCAACAAACUGUGAAUGCCUUACCUGCAGAAUAUAUGAUCAAGAUGAAGAAUUUAGUAAUAUAUUAAUAUUGUAUCAACAAUCAAGUUUUCAUCCCUAACUUAAAAACAAAACACAAUAUUUCAUUGCACUUCAAGUUGUGAAAUUCCCAGUAAAGCAAAACCUAUGGCUAGCACUUUUUUUAAGAUGAUAGUCAGUUUAGAAUCUUGAGCUAGUUGUAUAGUGAUGUGGAUUAUUGUGUUAGUGUUUGAGAAUUAAAAGUAAAUAACUAGUUUGCGGUAUCUUUCAACAGUCAGCCUUUUGUCCCAAAAUAUUGCCCACUGCUGCAAUAUUUUUGUGUUUAUAUUCAAUAUGUACAGUUUAAUAUAAAACCAUUAAUGUGUUCUAUAGAAAAUACAGGAGUUAGAGUGCACACUUUAAACCCCAGGGAAAAAUAGUUUUGUCGUCUGGCACAUGUUGCUGCUUAAUGGGAGCACGUGCAUGGAUGUGUUUUGUAAUAUGGUGUGCAUUCUUGUCAUUUGAAUACUUGCAGUUGGUGUGUGUUGUUUUUGGUUCAAAAAUCCAUCCUGAUACAGAUCUAUGAAGACUGAAUUUCUGAACAAUUGUUAGUUGCUGGGAAAGAUACAAGGUUAAAAUGAAGGCCAAUUUAAGAAAAGCAUUGUUUAUUUUGACAAGUAAGUGUUUUUAAAGAGCCAAAAUUUGAAUUUCACUCAUAGCAUUUUAUUCUUGCCAUUCUAGUUUAGUUUAAAAUAAAAUAUUAAAGGUUCUGAGCCAUGACAAAUGUGUUAUUGUGAUUAUAGUACACUCAUGUCAGUCCAAAUCAUUUUAAUGGAACUUGAACAGAGGAUAUUUUUUUAAAAAAAUAACAUCACAUGUAAGCUUUAAGUCUAAACAUGUAGCUUAGAUUUUGAGGAUCCAAAGAAGGUGUUUUCCAGAUUUGAGGAAUAUUGUCUGUUAAGGAUGACUAUCAGGAUCUCUAGAAAUGUUCUUUAGUGUUUUGAAAUAUUGUACAGUGCAGAAAUCUUGGAUAUACUCAGAAUAUAAAUGUAGUAAAAUACCAACAUGCAGCUUGCAAGUAUUGCCUUUGCUAAGACUCUGCUGCAUAUGUAAACUUGCACUUUGCUUUAGUGUUUCUACUAUACAACUUGCAUCAUGAACUUGCAAAGAAUUAUUACAAAUGCUUUGCUGCUUUAAAACUAGGUUAUUGGAAUACAAAUGUGAUAGAAGAUGUAUUUUUUUUGGAGUGCACAAGGAGUAUGCAUGUGGCUGACCUUUUUCUACUUAAUAUGCUGUGGAUUAAUGCAUCCAACCUAACCACCUUUGGGUUAAAGCAGACUGGUUGAUGAGAAGCUACAGUUGUUGCUGGUUGGGAAACCUUAUUUCAGUACUUCUAAAUAUUACUAAUAUUUGAACAUUUUUUGUUCAUGAAGCUUUUCUGAUACCACCAUGUAAUCAUGGUCAAUGUCAACACAUUGACCAAACUUGCUUAGAUUUAAGUUUAAAAAUAUUUUCUCACUGUCACUUUAUUGGUGAAUCAUUGGAAAGAUCUCAUCAGGUUAUUUGCACAUAGAUCACAUUUUUAUAACACUUUGAAUUUGCAUUAUAUAGUGCAUGCAGAAAGUAUCUCUUGUAAAACGGAGUCUUGGAUUUGAAGACUGAAACAAUUCCCAUUUUCACAAUUACAGCCAGUUCUAUGUUUGGAGUCUUAGAUUUUAAUGCUGUUCAUCAAUAGACCAUGCAUAUUUAUACCAAAAUGUAAUAGUCGUGAUUAUACAGGAGUAGCAGAUAUUUCCAACUAUAUUGGAGACAUGGAUAAAAGAUUAAUAUUUGAUGCAGUAUUUUAAGUGCUGAUCUGACAAUUUAAGUCCACUUCAAAAGUAGGUUCCCUGUGUAAUUUGUAAAGUAUUGAAUUUUGAAAAUGGGCCUAUUUAAAACCACAUACUUGUUUAAAAACAUUGCUUUAUAUAAUCACAAGAGGUUCUUUAUGGGCUUCUGUGUCAGAAAAAUUUGAAAAUUCCAUUUUAAAUCGGUCUUGACUGAUUUGAUUUUUUUCUAUACAUUUAAGUACAUCCAGCAAUAUAAAGCCACCACUCCAAAGCAUAGGGUAGACAAUAGAAAUGAAGGAUGAACUUUCUGCAUUUUCUGUAAAUACCAGUCUUUAGUUUGCAUACCUGUGAAUAAUUUACUUGCCUUCAUUGCCUUUUGUUUUGAAAUAAGUCAUACAUGUCUGUCCAUUGUUUAAAUCUUCUAACAUGUUUUGAUAUUUUGUUAAUAUACAUUCUGCCUGUUAAAUUAUGCAAAGUUUUUUUUGUUAGAUGCCUCGCAAUGUCCUAAGUAGUUUUGUUAACAUUUUGUGUACAAAUUAAAUCAUAUGUCCAUGUAUUCUCAUGUACAAAGUAUAUACAUCUUGGAAGCUAAUAAAUGCUAGAAGCACUACUUCAUUUUGA